UAUGAGCAUCCUCUUAACUGACGAUAACCGACUUGUUGGAACUCUUCCCCCCAACAUAGGCCUCACUCUCCCUAAUCUGCAGUUUUUGGCAAUGUCUAGGAAUAAGUUCUCUGGCCCAAUCCCCGUUUCUCUAUCCAAUUCUUCUCAGCUUGAGAAACUUCUUCUCUACCGAAACAAUUUUGUAGGACAAGUUCCAAAUCUGGGAAACCUACUUCAUCUCCGGUGGCUAGCUUUUCAUGCGAAUAAUCUAGGAAAUAAUUCAUCUAAGGAUUUGGAUUUCCUAGAUUCUUUGGGAAACUGCCCCAAACUGGAAAUACUUUAUUUUUCCGAGAACCAUUUUGGAGGUAGUUUACCCAACUCUAUAGGAAAUUUGUCCAUGCAGCUCACACAACUAGAUGUUGCAGGUAAUCAAAUAUCAGGAAUUCUUCCUGCCGCAUUAGAGAACCUCACCAACUUAACUUUCUUAAGCAUGACACAAAACCUAUUGACAGGCAGCAUUCCUACUUAUUUUGGGGAGUUUCAAAAUCUGGAAGGAUUGAGUUUGGAUGGAAAUAGAUUCUUAGGGCUGAUACCUUCCUCUAUAGGCAACCUCACCCGAUUGGUCACACUUAACUUAUCACAAAACAAAUUGGAAGGAAGCAUUCCAUCAAGUUUUGGCAACUUCAAAAGUUUGCAAGAGUUGGAUAUUUCAGAAAAUUCCCUUAUUGGAGCCAUACCCAUUAACAUUCUUUCUUCCCAAUUACUGGUACUCAACUUAUCACAGAACUCACUAACUGGCACCCUACCUGUGGAAGUGGGAAAUUCAAGAAAUAUUUAUCGAUUGGAUGUCUCUAAAAACAACUUUUCAGGUGAGAUUCCGAGAACUCUUGCAAAUUGCUUGAGCUUGGAGUACCUUUACCUACAGGGUAAUUCAUUUCAAGGAAACUUACCUCCAUCUUUGGCCUCUUUGAAAGGCCUUCAGUAUUUAGAUCUUUCACAAAACAAUUUGUCAGGAAUGAUUCCUAAUGAUCUACAGGAACUAUCUGUUUUAUUAUAUUUGAAUCUUUCCUUCAAUAAUUUGGCGGGUGAGGUACCGACGGAAGGGAUAUUCCGCGAUGCAAGCAGAGUAUCAGUGGCAGGAAAUAAAGAGCUUUGUGGGGGUGUACCAGACCUGCAACUACAACCAUGCGAUAUCAAAGUUGAGAAGAAACGAGGAAAAUCCCAUGCUUUCAAGAUAGCAAUCAUAAUUAGUAGUGGGAUUUUCUCUUUGACAAUAAUAUCGUGCUGUCUUGUUCUUUAUAGGAGGAGAAAAUCGGAAAAGAAAUUGACUUCAACACAUUCAAAAUCUGACCCUCUUUCCAAGGUUUCGUACAGGGAGCUUUAUCAGUUGACUGGCGGAUUCUCUCAGAAUAAUUUAAUUGGAAGUGGUGGCUUUGGCUCUGUGUAUAGAGGAAUUCUCCCUCACGAAGAGAGGAUGGUUGCCGUCAAGAUCUUGAAGCUUCAACAAAAGGGAGCUUCGAAGAGUUUCAUGGCUGAAUGCAAUGUUUUAAGAAAUAUACGACAUCGGAAUCUUGUCAAAAUCUUAACAUGUUGCUCUAGCGUGGACUACAGUGGUAAUGAAUUCAAAGCAAUUAUUUACGAAUACAUGCCAAAUGGAAGCUUAGAGAAGUGGCUGCAUCCAGAUAUAGACAAUGGAAAUCUGUCAAGAAAUCUCAACCUUCUUCAGAGACUGAAUGCUGCUAUUGAUGUCGCAUCCGCACUGCAUUAUCUUCACGACCACUGCGAAACACCCAUCGUUCAUUGUGAUCUAAAGCCAAGCAAUGUUCUUCUUGAUGAUGACAUGAUUGCUCAUGUAAGUGAUUUUGGUUUGGCAAGGCUCCUCUCUCCAACCAAUCAUCUUUCUCACCAUCAAACCAGCACAACCGGGAUAAAGGGUUCUGUUGGCUACGCCGCUCCAGAGUACGGAAUGGGUGGUGAGGCAUCAACACAGGGAGAUGUAUAUAGCUAUGGGAUAUUUGUGCUGGAGAUGUUCACAGGAAAGAAACCCACUGAUGAAAAUUUUGAAGACAGUUUCAACCUCCAUAAUUUUGUCAAAAUAGCAUUGCCAGAGAAACUUGUACAGAUUGUGAGCCCAAAGCUUCUCACAAGAAGAGAAGUUGAUGAAAUAGCAGCAUCAACAAAAGAAGAUAACUACAAGUACAAUGAUCAUGACAAUGAUAUUGAGGAGGAAGAAGAAGAAGAAAAAGAAGAAGAAAAGAGCUAUGUUGGGGAAGAAAGCCAGAUGAACCCAAAUGUUCAGAAGUGCUUACUGUCAGUUCUGCAGAUCGGCCUUGCUUGUUCAUUGGAACCUCCAAAAGAGAGAAUGAAUAUGGAAGAUGUGACUAGGCAACUGCAUCGAAUCAAAAAUGCUUUUCUAGGUUUUGGGUUUUCUCGAUAAGAUUCCAUGUAAACUAUGUCAAUGUUAUAUGCUAGUGCUAGCCUUAAUUCUGAAACCUUUCAGUUUCCAAAUAAUUAUUGAUGAUCAGAAAUAUAAUAAGACUUUCUCA